UCACUUAUACUGUGGGGGUCCAGAUCCGUCAGCGGAAGCUCGAAAGUUGGAAGAAUUUGCACGCCGUCGUGAGUAGGCUUUAAUUUAUCCCGUCAGUUUUUUAUUCUUCCGUUACCUACCUUAAUGGUGUUCUUUGUGUUGUAGAAAUGGACUCUGCGAAGCAAAGGAUAAGGGCCGCCGCAGCCCGUCAGAAGGAGGAGAGAAAGAAUAAGGAGGCGGCAGGGGAGGCCUCGUCAACUCCAAAGGUCGUCGCUAAGGCGACGAAGAGGAAGCCUGACGGUGAUGACAGCCGUCCCUUAAAGAAAGCUGCCGUCACUCCAAGGGACGAACCACUGAAGGAGAAGUCCCUUCCCAAGCCUAGUCAUGGUGCGGGCAAGGGGGUGAUGACUUCUGCCGGUCCCGUCAGCGAGGGCCCCUGCCGUCUCCUGACCCACAAGGAUUAUGCCGUCGGGGAGGUUGGGUCCCUGAUUAAACCGACGGAUAUUGAACCUUGUGACCAGGUGGGGACGGAGGAACUAGGGGCGUCAGCCCUUUUUGACCUUACCAGGGCCUUGGUUCGUGUCAAGGCCCUUCAAGAUCGUUGUGUGGCGAAGGAGGGGGUCGUCACUCGAGUCCGCAGUCACAAUAAAAGCCUGUUGAACCAGCAAGCUCAGUACAAGGAUGCCGUCCGUACCCUCAACAUGGAGCUGCAAGAAGUUAAGGAGAAGCUGACGGAGAGCAGUAGUCGGAGUGAUAAACUCCAGGAAGAGGUGACGGCUCUGGGCGAAAAGCUGCAGACGGCAGAGGCUGACGCGAUCAGAGAUUUCAAAGCGUCGCAGGCUUUCUUUGACUCGUGUGGCGAAUAUUAUGGCACCGGGUUUGAAGACUGCCUUCAGCAAGUCGCGUCGGCCUACCCGGAGUUGGAUUUAUCCGGGAUCACCAUGGGUGAUGGAGACGACAGCCUCCGUCAGCCUACUCCGAGGCGCGACGACAGCGUGGUCCUGGCCCAGCCUGCUGCUAAUCCUGCUGCUUCUGAUUCUCCUGCUGUGAUUGUGGAUGCUGACGGCAAGAAUGCUGAUGUUCCUGCCCCUUAG